GGGUGCUAAAUCAGAAGUGAGUACUCAACCACCGGAUCCCCCCAAACGUUCUAAAUUUCAAAAAUCAGUUGAUCUCGCUUUCAAAUUUCACUACCCAUUUCAUGAAGCUUUUCUACAGACGCCAUUACAGCUCUCUCCUUCAUCCCAACCUCAAAACCAGCAACUACCCAUCAGCCAGAGAGUCCCAAAUCCUCCAACUCUGCAAAUCCGGCUCCAUUUCCGAGGCCCUGCGACUCCUCAACUUGGCAUCUUCCGCCGAAAUCUCUCUAAAACCGAUCCUAUACGCUUCUCUGUUACAGACUUGCACCAAAUUGCCGGCGUUGAACCGUGGACUCCAACUCCAUGCCCGUGUCAUCAAAACCGGGCUCGAGACAGACCGCUUUGUUGGGAACAGUUUGCUUGCUUUUUACUUUAAACUGGGUUCGAAUUUAUCCGAGACUAGAAGGGCUUUUGAUGGGCUUUUUUACAAGGAUGUUGUUUCUUGGACUUCGAUGAUAUCGAGUUAUAUUCGUGUGGGAAAACCCAGAGAUUCAAUCCGUUUGUUCUUGGAAAUGUUGGAUUCUGGGGUCCAGCCCAACGCGUUUACUCUUUCUUCCGUGAUUAAAGCAUGCUCGGAGAUUGGGGACCUAGAGAUUGGUCAGUGCCUCCAUGGAGUUGUUUUUAGAGAAGGGUUUGAUUUAAAUCAUGUUAUCACUAGUGUUCUGAUAGAUAUGUAUGGGAGGAAUUAUGAACCAAGGAAGGCACGCCAACUGUUCGAUGAAUUGGCCGAACCGGAUGCUAUUUGUUGGACUUCGGUUAUUUCAGCGUUCACAAGGAAUGAUUUGUUUGGGGAGGCAUUGGGGUUCUUUUAUUCGAUGCAGAGGGAUUAUUGUUUAUUGCCUGACGGGUUCACAUUUGGGACAGUCUUGACUGCUUGUGGGAAUUUAGGGAGGCCAAGACAAGGUAAGGAAGUUCACGCUAAGGUAAUUACAGCAGGAUUUUGCGGAAAUGUGGUUGUGGAGAGCAGUCUUGUGGACAUGUAUGGGAAAUGUGGAUUAGUUGAUGAGUCUCGACGUGCUUUUGAUUUUAUGACCCAGAAGAACGGGGUAUCUUGGUGUGCGUUGCUUUGGGGUUACUGUCAAAAGGGGAAUUUCGACACUGUUAUUGAGCUUUUCAGGGACAUGAAAGAGGUUGAUCUAUACAGUUUUGGAAUAGUUCUUCGAGCUUGUGCCGGUCUGGCAGCGGUUAGACAGGGGAAAGAGGUGCAUUGCCAGUAUCUGAGGAAGGGUGGAUGGAGAGACGUCAUUGUGGAAUCAGCUUUAGUUGAUGUGUAUGCGAAGAGUGGCUCAAUCAAUUUUGCUUAUAGGAUUUUCAUGCAGAUGCAGGUUAGAAACUUGAUAACUUGGAACUCAAUGAUUUGUGGGUUUGCUCAGAAUGGUAAAGGAGAAGAAGCUCUAAGGAUGUUUGAUGAGAUGGUUAAGGAGGGGAUUAGGCCAGAUUAUAUCACAUUAGUUGGAGUUCUUUUCGCUUGUAGCCAUACGGGUUUUGUUGAUCAAGGGAGCGAACAUUUUGCUUCUAUGUCUGAGCAAUACGGGAUUAAACCAGGGAUUGAGCAUUACAAUUGCAUGGUUGAUCUCCUAGGCCGCGCUGGGCAGAUUGAAGAAGCUGAAAACUUGAUACAGAGUUCAGAAUUUAAAGAUGAUUCCUCUCUUUGGGCAGCUCUGCUUGGGGCUUGCUCAACCAGUACAAACUCUGUUGUUGCAGAGCGCAUUGCUAACAGAAUGAUGGAAUUGAAACCUGACUACCAUUUGAGCUAUGUUCUUCUAGCUAAUGUGUAUAGGGCUGUUGGACGUUGGAAUGAUGCUCUUUCAAUUUGGAGGCUAAUGCAACAUAAAGGGGUUAAGAAGAUGCCUGGGAAAAGCUGGAUUUGAAACUAAGGACUUGAUUAUUAUGAUGCUCUUCUUUUGGCAUCAAUUAUUUUGGCUUUCCCGGCCAGAACCUCAAACGAAGGAAUGAUGUAGAAAAUAGAGAAAAUUGGCUUUGAGAUUGAGCUGAUUCUAAAAAAACUCUUCCUAGAGGAUUGCUAGCUGCAUUUUAGAUUCUAUCCUCAGGUCCUUUGUCUGGUUGAUUGCAGCACAAGAACUAUAUAUUAAGAUUCUUUCUUAUUUUUUGCCAACUACAAAGUGGACGCGAUUAGAAUAACUCUUUGUUAAUACGUGAUUUAAGUGACUAUGUGAAAUGACCUUCAUUUGUUUCCUUGGAGGAUUUCCUCCAAUCUGGUUCUACAUUUCAAUGAUAAGCCAGUAAA